UAAAAAAAACAUUUAUAAAUAAUAAUAAAAAAAAACCUUCUCUCAUUACAAACUCAACUACUUCUACCACUACCACGUACAAUAUAUCUAUCUAUCUUAUUACACUCUUCUCUUCUUCCUUCCUACUUGUACUGAUUUUUUCAGUUCAGUAGUUAUUUUUGAAUGUAACAACAAACAAAAAUAACAACAAUGGUUAAUACAGGAGUCAUAAGAACCGUUGUAGGGAUUAUUGGAAAUGUUAUAUCUUUCUGUUUAUUCACCUCCCCAAUACCAACAUUUGUGAAAAUUUGCAAACAAAGAGCAGUAGAAGAUUUCAAGCCGGAUCCCUAUGUAGCCACUCUUCUCAAUUGUGCAUUGUGGUCAUUCUAUGGCCUUCCAGUCGUCCGGCCAGACAACAUUCUUGUCGUCACCAUCAACGGCACAGGGUUCUUCAUAGAACUCGCCUACGUCGCCAUCUUUUUGGUAUUUUCUCCUCCCUCCAAGCGCAAAAAGAUCAUCAUUGCUGUAAUGAUUGAAACUAUAUUCUUUCUGAUUAUAGUAAUCAUCACACUCAGAGUUUUACAUACCACCAAGGAACGGUCUAUGCUUGUAGGGAUGCUUUCUAUAAUCUUCAAUGUCAUUAUGUAUACUUCACCAUUGACAGUCAUGCGUAUGGUGAUUAGGACAAAGAGUGUGAAGUAUAUGCCAUUCUAUCUAUCACUUGCUAACUUCUGCAAUGGACUGAUCUGGGUUAUCUACGCCCUCCUUAAAUUUGACCCCUUUAUAUUGAUACCAAAUGGUUUGGGAGCUUUAUCUGGUUUAGUACAGCUGAUUCUAUAUGCUACAUAUUACAAAACAACAAAAUGGGAUGAUGAUGAUGAUGAUAAUGAUGAUGACAAGUCUACCUCUGAAGUUCAACUCUCAAGUGUUUAGAAUUAGAGGGACACAAUAAUAUUAUUAAGUACUCUAAUUAAAAAGAAAAUGCUCACUUCUUUUUUGGGUCCUUAAUUAAGAUUAAUCCCAUUUUAAGUUGUGUACCGGUACAACUUUUUGAGCUACUAGUUUUGGUGAUAUAUAUAAGUUCUAGACUAAUGUCGUGACUAAA